AUGGAGAUAUGGUUGAAUCAGUCAUACACAGAUGACUUUAUCCUCUUGGGCAUCUUUUCCCAUAGCCAGACUGAUUUUGUUCUCUUCUCAGUGGUCAUGAUAAUCUUCACAGUGGCCCUCUGUGGGAACGUCCUCCUCAUCUUCCUCAUCUACACAGAUGCUCACCUUCAUACACCCAUGUACUUCUUCCUCAGUCAACUCUCCCUCUUGGACCUCAUGUUGAUCUGUACCAAUGUGCCCAAGAUGGCAGUCAACUUUCUGUCUGGCAGGAAGGCCAUCUCCUUUGUGGGUUGUGGCAUACAAGUGGGCCUCUUUGUCUCUCUUGUGGGAUGUGAGGGGCUCUUGCUGGGCCUCAUGGCUUAUGAUCGCUAUGUGGCCAUUAGUCAUCCACUUCACUACCCCAUCCUCAUGAGUCAGAAGGUCUGUCUCCAGAUUACUGGGAGUUCCUGGGCCUUUGGGCUACUAGAUGGUGUGAUCCAGAUGGUGGUAGUAAUGACCUUCCCCUACUGUGGCUUGAGGGAAGUGAACCACUUCUUUUGUGAGUUGCUGUCACUGUUGAAGCUGGCCUGUAUAGACACAUCCAUUUUUGAGAAUGUGAUAUUUGCUUGCUGUGUCUUUAUGCUUUUCUUCCCCUUCUCCAUCAUUGUGGCCUCCUAUGCUCGCAUCCUGAGGGCUGUGCUCCGUAUGCGCUCUGCUCAAGCUAGUAAAAAGGCCCUAGCCACCUGUUCCUCCCAUUUGAUGGCUGUGUCCCUCUUCUAUGGAGCAGCCAUGUUCAUAUACCUGCGGCCCAGGCGCUACCAUGCCCCGAGCCAUGACAAGGUGGUCUCCCUCUUCUACACAGUCCUUACUCCUAUGCUCAACCCCCUCAUUUAUAGUCUGAGGAAUCAGGAGGUGAUGGGGUCCUUGAGGAAGGGGCUGGCCCGUUGUAGAAUUGACAGCCAGCACUGA